AUGUCAGAUUUUUCACUAAUACCAGUGUAUAAAUUACUGAAAGUGAGACCUACUAUUAAACGAUCACAUUCAGUUGAUAAAUCCUCAGAUCAGAAAGACAUUUUGCACCGAUUUUCAAUUUUGAACAAGGUAAUUUGGUCAUUGGCAUACUGCAAUCGUUUCGUUCAUCGUGCCAAGAAACGAUCAACUGAAAUCCUCACGCCUCUGCACAUUUGGGGAGUGGCUAUAAAAAGUGCUAAUAAGAAUCGUCUCAAGCACGUAAUAGGAACCCAAAUUCGCACCUUAGAAAAGAUCCACACCUUGGUCACACACAUAGAAGGAAUACUCAAUUCCAGAUUUUUGAUUUUAUUAUCAUCAAACCGCCGUUAUCUCUGCGCACUCACUCUUGAUAAUUUUUUAACAAGCCAUCACAUAAUAAUUAAUAUGUGCUUGCUGAAGAGAUUACAUGUUGGAUACAGAUACUAA